AAAUAAUGGAUUGAGCACCGGCAUAGGAACUUGAUUUACUUGACAAAAACCUCGGAAAGUCCACCUGUCAUUCGAAAUUCCACUGAAUAACAAUGGGUAUACUGUCCAAUCCACAACAACGACAGAAGAUUGUUGAUGUCAUUGCCAAGUACAACAACAAACUGUGUUUCGCUUGCUAUGUUGCUGGAGUUGUCUGGUUUCUGGCUCUGGCCUAUCCUCCCAUGAAUGCUAAAAAUUACUUCUCGGAAAAUGCACUUUUACCAGGUCUUGUGGAGAAUGAGUUUUACUCCAGUGUUGAUAUCAAAGCAUAUAUAGACGACUAUAGAGCUCAGCUGAAGAAAGACGCGAGGAAGGUACCUAGAGAAUGGGUGUACGAUCAGUUACGAUCCUUGGGUCUGGACACUUACAUCCAAAACUACAGCAUCCGUUAUCCUCUCGGGAUCACCAAAGAUAAGACGGUCCCUGGACAGAAUGUGUAUGCUAUUUUGCGUGCCCCUCGAGCUGCCAGUAAUGAGGCUUUAGUGAUGUCAUCACCGCUGAGAGCAAAGGAAUCGGACCUAACCUCUACAACAGGGGGCAUUGCAGUCAUGCUUGCAAUGGCACGGUUCUUCAGGCAGAAAACUUACUGGGCCAAAGACAUCAUCUUCCUGUUAACUGACCAUGAACAGAUUGGAAUUCAGGCUUGGCUGGACGGUUACCAUGACAUCAAGGCAGAUUACAUACAGCCUGGCGAGUUGAUGGGGCGCAGUGGGCAGAUCCAGGCCGCCCUCAAUCUGGAGAUUCCUGAUGGAAACAUAAAAAAAUUCAACAUCAAAAUUGAAGGGCUCAACGGUCAGCUUCCUAAUCUGGACUUCUUCAACCUGGUGGUGAGGCUUUGUAAGAGGGAGGGCGUCGAGGUCACACUUCACAAACAGUCUGACCCGUACCUGUGGGACACGGUCGAGGGCUUCCAGAGUUCUCUCAGUAAUAUGAUGCAGAUGAUGUGGACACAGGCCAGUGGUAUCAGCUCCGGUAACCAUGGACUUUUUCUUCGUUACCACAUUGAGGCUCUCACACUAGAGGGCGUCACACCAAAGAAAGGUCAACCCAGAGGUCAUGAACAGGCUGGAAGGAUAAUUGAAGGAGUAUUUAGGAGUUUGAACAAUCUACUGGAACGAUUCCAUCAGUCUUUUUUCUUCUACAUUCUGCCUACGACAUCCACGUACGUCUCCAUUGGCAUCUACAUGCCACCGUUUGGGUUGAUAUGUGCCGCAGGUCUUAUCAAAGCCAUUGCCCUGUGGAUAGCACUCACUGCUCGUGAAAACAAACUUAAGGAAAUAGAAGAAAAAAAUAGCCCGAAUGAAACAGAAGAGGGAGACCCUGAAACAAAAGAGAGCUCACAAGAGGACGAGGACGAGUCUUCCAAGGACAAGGACGAUGAGAAGAGGAAGAUGGAGGAGGAACUCCUGAAAAAUCUCAAAGAAAGUCUGGGUGGGGGAGACACCAGCAGUCUGGACGCUGAUAAGCAACAACAGUUACAGGACCUACUGGACGAUGUGGCGGAACCCCCAACUGGGUUACUGUCAAUCCUUCCACUGAUCCUGAUUUCUAUGUUAAUGGGAGUCUUGUCCUACACUGGCCCGGAGUUCAUCACUAGUGUUGCGCCACCCAUCCGUAUGAAGAUUGACGAUGUGAUCACGUUUGGCCUCAUGGCGUUAUUCACGGCCUCCUUGCUGUUCCCUCGAAUGAUUGGAAGGAAGUCGGAGCAUGCCAAGAAUCUUGCGUUUGACUGGGAGCUGUUAAAGAGCCUGGCACUGAUAUUCCAGUCGUUGAUCUUAUUUUCCAUGUCUCUGAUGAACAUCUCGCUGGCAUUCUUCUUAGCUGUUAUUCUGAUACCGAUCACUGUUAUAGUACAUCCCACACAGAGCAGGGUAAUAAACCUGAUCCAGAAAGCCAUUGUCUUACUAGUGUCUCCGGCGUCCAUCGUCCUGGCGGCAGCCAUGAUUUCCUGUAUUGGGGAGAAGUCAUCAUUCCUGGAGAUGCUGGGGUUAUCCUGGGACACGACCAAACAUGGCCUACUCCUCACAGUCAUUGAUAAUUAUUUUUUCUCCAGUUGGAUGUAUCCGUUCUUCAGUCUCCUCAUCCUUCCAAACUGGCUUUUUUUCUGGGGCAUCAUACAUUGUCAGCUCCCGAAAUCUGAAGCAUAAUCAACUCACAUUUUCUCUAGUUCUACAAAUAAUUCACACAACUCACUGUCAUUCCGAACAUUUCAUUGAUCACAUAAUCAAUCUGUUAUCCAGUGAAUUCACCCAUGUGAUAUUUUUGCAUAUGUCACUUUAUGUUGUGUAAUAUACCCUAGGCCUGGAGCAUUUUCAUUGGCUGCGCCAGUCAGAAAGCGAUAGUGAUGUCAUAAUAUGGACAAUGAUUUUACAUCAUGAAUUUUGAAAUUUGAAUUUUAAAUGACUGCCCCAUUUGAUUUAUUCCCAAAUUUUUUGGCGUAAAACCUGACAAUUUUGAAAAUAUUUUUGCAAUUAUUUGAUGAUAAGUAUCUUGAUAAGGCAAAAAAAAAUAUUGUUACUUCUCAGACUUGCUUCAUAAAAUUUUAUUUUUAAAGAAAUUUCAAGUAGAAUUUGUCACAUUUGGUUUUAGCUCACCUCCUUCAAGGGCAAGGGAACUGAUGCAGUCUGCAUCCAUCAGUGUAGCAUCAAUGAAUGUUUUCAAAACCGAGAUGAAGGGCUGUUAAUUUUGUUCAAAUGAAUGACCUUGACCCACUUUUAAGUUUACAAGGGUCAAAUGUGUUGAAAGUCUUUUCAAACAAGUAAUUUUGGAACACUCAAAGGCCCAUGAUCGUGACAUUUAACCAAUAUUACAAGAAUUAAAGAAUGUCAACCUUGUUUAAAUUGAUGACCUUGGUGCUUUUUUAAGGUCACAAUGAUCAAAUGUGCUCCCAAGACUUUUUAAGACGUUCUUAUGAAUUAUAGAUAAAGAACAAACCAGACCAUCAUAUUAGGCCAAUAUUAUACUGAAUGGACCAUCAAGUUUCCUCACAUCAACGAGUUUCACCUGCUUUUAAGGUAAUGGGGGUCAGGAGUAAAUCAUGAAACCAUGACAGUGAACCAAUGGCAUGUUGGGAUGAAGUGCUCUGGGAUCAAGUUUGUUUAAGGUCACAGAGGUCAAGUGCGUUAAAAGAUUUAAAAAGUGUCUCCUGAAUAACCAGGAUUCCCAGAAUCAUACUACUUAGCCAAAGUCAUGCAGAGAUGAAAUUUAUUCAAAUAUUUCAGAUUAGCAACCUUCAAAGUCACAAAAUUGAAAAAAGUUGUUGAAUCUUUUAAACAAUUUUUUCCUUUGCAUAUGGAAGGAGUCUGGGUAUUUCACCUAUUACAUAAUACAAAAUGUAGGAUGAAAGAAAAUUAAGUUUGGGAUCCACAUGAAUAAACUAGGUCACAAUUCAGUUCCUGUCUAAUAAAAGUGAAAUCUUCUCACAACGUUUUCUCUUCAUAAGUGAUAGAACAAAGACCAUGUGAGCAAUACAGGCCCAUUGGGCUUACUGUUAUUUUAUCUGAGGCAAAAUAUGAAAAGGAAAAAAAAAUAUAUAAAAUUGAUUACACAUAAUGUGCUAUUAUAU